UGUAGGCUAUAGGAAUAGGAAUGGAUGAAAUAAAGGAGAUUAUAGACUACAAACCUUCCCCAUUGAUAGUGAAUGAUGACCCAAGGAAAGGAGGAAAGACUGUUAGACUCGGAUACAAUACUUGCUACAUUGUGGCUGGACUGCUGGUAGCGGAUGGUAAAGUAUUAUUAAUACAAGAAGCUAAGAGGUCCUGUAGAGGAAAGUGGUACCUGCCAGCUGGUAGAGUGGAACAGAAUGAAUCACUGGAGGAGGCAGUUAGGAGGGAAGUCAAGGAAGAGUCUGGCUAUGACUUUGAACCAGUUUCAAUUAUUGGAAUUGAAACAAAUUCCUUCCAAUGGAUCAGGUUUACUUUUGCCGGACGUAUCACAGGUGGUAAACUAAAGACUCCUCAAGAAGAAGACAAGGAGUCAAUACAGGGACAAUGGAUACCAAUAGAUGGAUUGGACUCCAUUGAUUUGAGGUCAAUGGAUUGCAUGAAUGUCAUAAAACUAGCGGAGUCAUGGUAUACUGAGGCAGGCCUGAAGUACUCCCAUUUAGCAAUACCUGCAUCAAAUGAGAUGACCACAAUGAGAGCUGUUGUAUUACACAGAAACAAUGGAGAAGUUAAUGUGUUGCUAAGAGAUGUUGCUACUGGUAGCACUAAACUACCUUCCAGCCCCUUGAGCUCUCCUUCAGUGAGACAUGACAUUGAAAGAUUAAUGAAGUCCACUGGUUGUACUGGCCCGUAUGUAACAGCUGGUGUUUAUUCAAUUGAACAUUUAGUGUCGAGUGGGGACGGAAUUGGAUUCACUUUAUUAAUAGAGGCACAGGAACCUGGGCUUAGAAGUGGGUGUGGCUUUCAUUGGGAGACAAUGAGGGAUAAGGAUCUACUGGACAAAAUGAAUACAUUACUGACCAAUAAGAUAUCUUUAAUAAAACUGUUUGACUAUUAAAUUUAUUAUUACAACGAUAAGUGUUUAAAUUUUUAUAUAAAUUAUAUUAGUUCUGAAUUAUCCAAUAUUUAUGAUGAA